AUGAUGUUUGGGAGGUGGUGCAAGCUUAGCCCCAGGUACAUUGGGCCUUUUGAGAAACUCCGGACAGUUGGGAAGGUUGCUUAUGAGUUGGCCCUAGCUCCAGCAUUUUCAGCCAUCCACCCGGUUUUCCAUGUCUCGAUGUUGCGGCGAUAUGUUUCUGAUGAGUCCCAUGUUCUCCAGUAUGAUACAGUCGAGUUGGAUGAUCGUUUGACAUUUGUAGAGAAGCCAGUUGCCAUUCUAGCCAGUGAUGUGAGGAAAUUGCGCUCAAGAGCAAUUCCUUUUGUUAAGGUCCAUUGGAGGCAUUGUCCAGUCGAGGAGGCUACCUGGGAGACCGAGCAGGAGAUGCGAGAGUAG